AUGGCCAACCUGCAGGCUCCACUCUUGGCCGUUCUCAUCCUGCUGGCGGUGGCACUUCAGGGCACUGAUGCAGGCCCUUACGGAGCCAAUGUGGAGGACAGCAUCUGCUGCCGGAGCCAUAUUCGUUACCCCGUGCCCGUGCGCAUGGUGAAAGAUUUCUUCUGGACUUCAGAAUCCUGCCGGAUGCCUGGUGUAGUCCUGAAAACCAUCAAGGACAGGGAGAUCUGUGCUGACCCCAGGCUGUCCUGGGUGAAGAAGAUUCUCCAAAAGCUGAGCAAAUAA